UGGGGUUGUUUACACGGCGCUGGAGCUGAUGGAGGCGGUGAGGAUGGUAAAGACGGAGAAGGUGCUCCACCUGAGGAGCUGCCGCGGCCGCAGGGUGCGUGUGGUCCGGGAGCACUACCUGAGGGAGGCCGUGCCGUGCUACAGCGCGCUGUGUGCGGCGGACUGCGACCAGCAGGAUGGCAAAGUGCUGCCUGGAGACUUGACCCACUACGUGGUCCCGGAUGUCGGCGUGGUGGUGGACUACCUGGAGAUCCUGGAGUUCAGGGAGCUUCAGGGCAUCGUCUUCACCCAGACUGCCUGCCAGGCCGUGCAGCACAGCAAGGGCCGCAGGCAAUACAACCGUCUACGAAACCUGAUCAAAGACCCCCGACACGACUGUGUGCUGUUCGCCAACGAGUUUCAGGAGUAUUCCUAUUGUCCACGAGAGAAAGGGGAGAGCCAGGAGAAGUGGCAGACCAGGUGUGUGUACUCUGCAGCGGUGUGGUACUAUAACCACCUGGCCGGUAUGAGGGACGUGGUGAUGAUCACGGAGGACCGGGAGGCCGUGGCUCAGUACAGCAGCCUCAACUCUGGAGUCUACGUCAUCUCCAUCCAGGAUUUCUUGCAGAACUUCUUGCCGGAGCUGCAGGCGGCUCAUGAGCUGUACAUCUCCAUCUCCCAGGCGCUGCAAGAGAAGGAGAGCGAGGGAACGGAGAAAGAGUACACCGAACAUCUGCCCGCCGAGGUCCUGGAGGCUGGAAUCAAGUCUGGACGGUACAUUCAGGGCUCUCUGAAUGUCAGCAAGCAUCGGGCGCACAGCGAAGCUUCCAUCUCGACGGAGGGUUUGUCCAACAAGAACUCAGAUCUGAGUUGGGGCGUGUUGGUGUGCGGCGCUAAGAACCGUAACCGGGCGGUGCACGGCGACGUGGUCGUGGUGGAGCUGCUGCCGAGGAGCGAGUGGAGAGGGAAGGACACGGCUCUGACUGAGGGUCAGGGGGAGGAGAAGGGGGGGGAGGACGGCGACAGGAAACCGAUGCCCACGGGCCGUGUUGUGGGGAUCCUGCAGAGGAACUGGAGGGACUACGUGGUGACUUUCCCCCCCAGAGACGGGCCUCAGCCUCAGAGCAGGAACUCCCAGCGCAUCCUGGCGAUUCCCUGGGACCACCGCAUCCCCAAGAUCCGCAUCAGCACCCAGCAGGCCGACGCUCUGCAGGACCACAGAGUUGUUGUGCGCAUUGAUUCCUGGGAAAGCACGUCGCUGUAUCCAAACGGCCACAGCGUUCGGGUUCUGGGCCGGGCUGGAGAGCUGGAGACGGAGGUCCAGACCAUCCUCAUAGAGAACUGCAUCCACGUGCCGCCUUUCUCCGACGCACAGCUGAAGGAGAUGCCGGUGAACUCCCCCGAGAGGCCAUGGACGUUGGACCCGGCUCAGGUGGCGGAGCGGCGUGACCUGAGGGAGACUCACCUGGUGUUCAGCAUCGACCCGCGGGGCUGCGAGGACGUGGACGACACGCUGUCGGUACGAAGCCUCGCCGGCGGGAAGCUGCUGGAGCUCGGGGUUCACAUCGCAGACGUCACGCACUUCGUCAACGAGGGAACGCUGACCGACCUGGAGGCCCGGACGAGGGCCACGACGUAUUACCUGGCCGACCGCCGGUACGACAUGCUGCCUUCUGUUCUCAGUGCGGACCUCUGCUCUCUGCUGGGAGGAGUCGACAGGUACGCCAUGAGCGUGAUGUGGGAGCUCGACGCAGAAACCCUCGCCGUGGUCAAGGUGUGGUACGGUCGCACGCUGAUCCGCUCCUCCUACCAGCUGCACUACGAGCUGGCCCAGGCGCUCCUCAACGGGGAGCCGGCCGAGGUGCCGGAGCUGGACAGGCUCGGGUCCAAGGAGAGGGACGCGGCGCUGGCUCGGCUCACCGGAGCUCUGGAGACGCUGACUCGGGUCGCCAGACACCUCCGGGCUCAGAGAGACAGAGGAGGAGCGCUGGAGCUGGAAGGGGUGGAGGUGCGAGCCCAGCUGGACGAGGCGAGGAACAUCACGGCCCUGGUCCCCCGUCAGCCUCUGGAGGUCCACGAGACCGUGGCCGAGUGCAUGAUCUACGCCAACCACUGGGUGGCGCGCAAGAUCCAGGAGGCCUUCCCCCACCAGGCCCUGCUGAGGCGUCACCCGCCUCCACGGCAGGAGUUCUUCAGCCAGCUGGUGGACAGCGCCACGGCCCGGGGGUUCACCAUCGACACCAGGACCAACAAGGCUCUAGCGGACUCUCUGGAUCAGGCUGUGGACCCACAGGACCCGCUGGUGAACAGGAUGCUGAGGAUCAUGGCCACCACAGCCAUGUCUCAGGCCGUGUACUUCUCCACUGGUCUCCAGUCUACAGACCAGUUCUACCAUUACGGUCUGGCUCUGGACCGGUACACUCACUUCACCUCACCGAUCCGUCGCUAUGCCGACAUCGUGGUGCACCGGCUUCUCACCGCUGCCAUCGAGGUGGACGGAGGGUCGGACCCGGGCAGAGCGGUAACCAGUAACAAAGAGCUGGAGGAAACGGCUCAUCACAUCAACAACAAGAACCGGGCCGCCCAGCAGGCCCAGAAGUUGUCCACAGAGUUGUUUCAGUGUCUCUACUUCAAAGAGAGAGACCCUCAGACGGACCAGCGCUGUGUGGCCGACGCCGUCAUCUACUCCAUCAGAGACAACGGCGUGUUGGUGUUUGUCCCAGAGUACGGAGUUAAAGGGCCGGUGUACCUGAAGAACAGGGAGGGUGAGGUGGUGGCGGUCGGACCGGGCGGUCGGUGCGAGUGGCAGAGCGGUGCCGUGCGGAGACACUCGGACCACAUCACCUCCACCUCCAGCUGCGGAACCUCCACCUUCAGACUGUUCGACCACAUCACCGUCCGUAUUUCCGUGCGCUCCACGCAUUCCCACGCCGACGGUCUAAACCUGGAGGUCGUCAGCAACGAGCCCCACCGCGUCCCGGAGCCCCAGCCGCCGCCCCCAGGGCCGCCCAGCCAGCUGGUCCAGGAGGUGGUGCGUCUGGCCGAGGAGGCGUCGCAGCAGGCCGAGGAGAAGAAGAGCCGGCGGGCCAAACUCUCCAGAGAGGAGCGAGAGUUCAGCCAGAGCAAGACGCCCAACCUGUACUCCCUCCUGGAGGAGGUCCGGGAGCUGGCCCUGCUGGACCUGGACCUGGUUUCACAGGUCUGUGCAACUACAGCAUAGUUUUAAAAAUAGAGAGACUACUGGAAACAUGAACAAUAAUCUCCUAAUAAUCAGAACAAACACCAGCAGAGAGGAUUUUCUCUUUUUAUGAAUUAAAAGUUUGACGUUUUUCAGCAUUUUGUGAAUCAUGACGGAAGAUUUUUGUCAUCUGCAUAUUUUUCUAUCAUUUAACGGACAAAUGCUGGAUAAUGCAAAGUGUAAAAUGUAUUAUUUGAUGAUAUUAAAUGAGGAAAAAUAUACUGUCUUUGAUUAUUACGUAAAUAGAGAAGAACUGUAGGUUAACGGUGAUGUCAUCUUGUUCAUAAAGAUGGAAAAAUAAGACUUUAAAUGAAACGUAGCACUGACAUUUAAUAAGAAAAGGUGACACUUCAAUUACUGCUGAUACAAAUAAGAAUAAAACAUGAAUGAGGAUAAAUUAUUAAAGCAUAAACUAAUGUUUACCAUCAAGAAUUAAGUAAGCACCCAAAUGAUAAUCUGAUUUAUAUACUCUUCAAAACUAUUAAUAACAGAAAACGUUUAUCAGUGUAUGAGCCUGAUGCCAAUAUUAAUAUUUAUAUAUGAUAUAAGGUAUGGGCCAAUAUUAGUUUAUUAUCACUAAUAAGUCGAGAUAAACCUUUAUUGAUCACCAGCAGGGAAAUUCAGUUGUUGCAGCAUCACAAAUAAAUCAAUAUUACAGAUAAAUAGAAAAAGUAAAAGACACAAAUAAUCAAACAUGAUGUUAGGUUUAUAUGAAUACUUUAAAGUUAAGACGACAUUGUGAAUUGUUUUGGCUGUAAAUAAUUGCUCUUAAUAGUUUAUCAAACUUUGACUUUUGGAACAACUUUUUCUGCAAAUUUUAAAUUUAGAAACUUAAAACAGAAAUCAGGAUGUUUCUCAAAAGACUAUUAUUUUUUAAUAAAACAUUUCAGAUGUUCCUUCAGCUGUCUGUUCAACCACAA